CUUCCGCGGCCGGGCUACCGAGGAGGAGCCUUCUCCCUGUCCCCGCCUCCAUCCAGUCUGCUCCGGCCUCCGGCUCGGCGAGCCUCCUCCUCUUUCUCUUCUUCCUCCUCCUCCCCCGGCCGCCUCCCCCGCCCCCGUCCAGGAUGCAGCUGCUAGCCAUGGACCUGCAGAUGCUGUCCCGGGAGCUCUCCCUCUACCUGGACCACCAGGUCCGAGUGGGCUUCCUGGGGUCCGGAGUGGGCCUGUCCCUGGUGCUGGGCUUCGGCGUCGCCUACGCCUGCUACUACCUGAGCAGCAUCGCCAAGAAGCCGCAGCUGGUGACGGGGGGCGAGAGCUUCAGCCGCUUCCUUCAGGACCACUGCCCCGUGGUGACCGAAACCUAUUACCCCACGGUGUGGUGCUGGGAGAGCCGGGGGCAAACCUUGUUAAGACCUUUCAUCACCGCCAAGCCUCGGGUCCUCUACAGGAAUGAGCUUAUUAAAACCAGUGAUGGAGGGCAGAUUUCUCUGGACUGGUUCGAUAAUGAGAGCAGCGUGAGUUUUUCGGAUGCCAGCACCAGACCCACUGUCCUCUUGCUGCCUGGCCUCACUGGAACCAGCAAAGAAUCCUACAUCCUUCAUAUGAUCCAACUCAGUGAGGAACUGGGAUACAGGUGUGUGGUUUUUAACAACAGAGGUGUGGCGGGAGAGAGUCUUCUGACCCCAAGGACUUACUGUUGUGCUAAUACCGAAGAUUUGGAAACGGUUAUUCAUCAUGUUCACAGCCUCCAUCCUUCAGCUCCAUUCCUGGCCGCCGGAGUUUCGAUGGGCGGAAUGCUGCUCCUAAACUACCUCGGCAAAACCGGCUCCAAAACUCCCCUGUUGGCCGCCGCCACGUUCUCCGUGGGUUGGAACACUUUUGCCUGCGCGGAAUCGCUGGAGAAGCCGCUCAACUGGCUGCUCUUUAACUAUUACUUGACUACCUGCCUCCAGUCUUCUGUGAACAAGCAUCGACACAUGUUUGUGAAACAAAUUGAUAUGGAUCACGUCAUGAAGCGAUCCCGAUCGAAACGGCGAAGCAAAAUCCAAACGUCGCUCUGGUCCUCACUUCCUACGGGGGCCACAUUGGCUUUCUGGAGGGGAUCUGGCCGAGGCAGUCGACCUACAUGGACCGAGUGUUCAAGCAGUUCGUGCGGGCCGUGGUGGAGCACGGGCACGAGCUCUCACGCAUGUAGCUCUCCGGGGUCGCGUCCGGACCGCCGCGGCAGCCCGGGAUCGGGUCCCGAGAGGACCGCUCGCCCCAACUGGAGCCGCUGGGCACUGAAGCGGUGGGCCGGCGCGGGGGCCGACGAGGAGGGGCGAGGCGUCCGGAGAGCGGCCCGAAACCUACUCCUUGGGCCAACCCUUUGUAGCCGGAGAUGAAUUACAUACUAGGCUGACAUUUACGUAGUUUUGUUUUUAAUAUGCCUUACCGAGAAUGACCUUAAGUGAAGUAGCACUCUGCAUAUGUCAAACUGCAAAUAACCAAAACCGUUAUAUACACAGAUAUUAAUUCCUCAGGGUUUUAAUUUAAGCUAGUACGUUUUUAAGGUUUCUUUGAUGAAGACGACGUGUUCCGUAAAGCUCCGUGACACGCCUCACCGCAGGGGACGGCGACGGCGUCCCGGCGCAUUCCUAAGGCGACUCGGGGAAAUCGCACUACUCAAAUGCCCUAGGAAAUCCUGAACGUUCUUGGACUCUCACCGGGAAGGCGGUUUUACCACGGCGUUAGACUAAUCUCUCUAGUUUGCUGUUUACCCUGGGUAGAGCAGUAGAUGAGGGCUGGUUUUUGUUUUUUAACUCCAAGGUUCUACGCCAGACAUGCUUAUUUUUAAAACGGUGCGUGAGUCUAUGUAUAAAAUACGUAUCUAUGUUCGACUAAAAUAAACUCUGCCACUUUAAGCCAAAA